CAUAUCAUCUUAAAUUUAUAUUUUAGAUAUAAGUCCUCAUGUCUUCGGAAAUACCAAAGAUUAUUCGCAGUAUUGCGGGCGCAGGUUCUGCGUUGAUGCUUGCUGCCGGUGGCGCUGCUGCUGCAUAUUCCAGCCUGUAUAAUGUUGAAGCGGGUCACCGUGCGUUGGUUUACAACCGCCUGAGUGGUGUUGGCGAGAAGUUGGUUGGCGAAGGCACACAUUUUUUGAUUCCAUGGCUUGAACGCCCGAUUAUAUACGACGUUCGUACUCGCCCUCGUACAUUGACAUCGUUAACCGGCAGUCGUGAUCUUCAGAUGGUCAAUAUUACUUGCCGUGUAUUAUCGCGUCCUGAUGAACGUCGCCUUCGUGACGUUUACAGAUCGUUGGGCCGUGAUUAUGAUGAAAAAGUCUUGCCGUCUAUAAUCAAUGAGGUUUUAAAAAGUGUUGUUGCGCAGUAUAAUGCAUCCCAGUUAAUCACUCAGAGGGAAGUGGUUAGCAAAUCGGUACGCGACCAAUUGGUCCAACGUGCUCGUGACUUUAACAUACUGUUGGAUGAUGUGUCGCUAACUCACGUCAGCUUCAGUCCGGAAUAUGAAAAGGCUGUUGAGGCGAAGCAGGUAGCUCAGCAGCAAGCUGAGCGUAGCAAGUACAUUGUGUUAAAGGCUAAAGAGGAGAAAAAGAGCACGAUUAUCAAAGCACAAGGUGAAUCCGAGGCAGCUAAAUUGAUUGGGAGUGCCAUACGUGACAACCCUGCAUUUAUUACUCUUCGCCGUAUUGAUACGGCUAGGGAGAUCGCUGACAUCCUAUCUAAAUCUCAGAACAGAGUGAUGUUGAACUCUGACUCUCUUUUGAUUAACCCAGGGAAAUGAGUUUUUCUGUGGCUUCCAAU